AGAUGUCAAUUGUCAUAUUUUGUCAUGCAUUAUCGUAUUGCAAUUUAUCUGGAUUUAAAUUCUAAUGCAACAAAUUAUAAGUUUCAUGAACUUAAUUCUCAUUACUGGAAUUUGAAUAAAUAUGACUAUUUUAAUUAAUAAUUGAAAUCGCUACAAUAAUUUUAUACGCAGAGCUUAAAUUCAUAAAUCAGAAUGAUAAGACGUCGUUUGUUUUCUCCUAUGCUUCGGCAGUACGCACUAAAAGGUUAUGUUGAUUAUGCAAGACCUUGCAAUAUUAUUCCAUGCUGUGAAGUAUUGAAUAGAAGAGUUCAAAGCACCGUGGCUGUUGAUGAAAGCUACCUCAAGAAAUUCAUGAAGGCAGUGGGAUGGAUGGAUCAAGAAAGAGCUCGGCUCAAACUUACUGGUUAUUUCCUAUAUCAAUGCGUACCUGAAAAAAUAGCAUAUCACGAGUGGUUUGAAGUGCUAGAGCUCCCAGAUACAUUUACGUCCUGGUUCAUAGUCACUGAACUGCAUGUAUGGUUGAUACUAGUUCGUUAUAUGGCUGAAGAUGUUACUGUUACUGGGGAUAAGAAGAAAUUAUUGAAGGGAAACGGCCAUUUUGUAAGGAAUUGUAUUAUAGAAGCACUGUGGGCGGACGUUGCUAAUAGGAUUAAGUUGUUAGAGGGUGCAAAUCCCACCAUAGCUAAGAAACAAGUGACGGAACUAUCAGAACAAUUUCAAGCAGCACUAGUGGGUUAUGAUGAAGGCUUAGAUGACGAUAAGGUGUUGGCUGCAGCAGUGUGGCGGAGGUUCUAUUCAUUGUCACAUGAUGUCAAAGCAGCACAUGUUGAAAAGAUUGUACAUUUUAUACGGCAUCAGAUGGCAACCUUAGAUAAAAUACCAAGUAAAGAUUUAAAGUGGAAGCCUCAAUUAGCGUGGUUAAGUAUAACGGAUCAUUAGUUAAAAUAAAUAAAUUAUAUUAUAUUGUUGAGAUUUAGAAAUAAAACGAUGAUUUAAAACAA